AUGAAGCAGGAGCUAGCGGAGGAAGGCAGCAGAUGCUCAAUCCUAUCCAAGCAGCAAAGAUUCAACGAGCACUGCUGUAUCCGCUGCUGUGCGCCCUUCACCUUCCUGCUCAACCCCAAGCGCCUGUGCCUGGACUGCCAGUAUAACGUGUGCAAGGGCUGCUGCUCCUACAACAAGAGUGACAAAGCCUGGCUGUGCUCUGCGUGCCAGAAGGGCAGGAUUUUGCGCACCCAGUCCCUUGAAUGGUAUUACAACAAUGUGAAGAGUCGUUUUAAAAGGUUCGGCAGCGCCAAGGUCCUGAAGACUCUGUACAGAAAGCACAUAAUCGAGCGAGGAGCCUUGUCUGAUCUCCCAGAAAGCAGUGUUCACGAAGGAAGCAACGAGAACGAUGGCAGCAUCUGUGGCAGUGAAGCCGCCUUCUACAAACAAAGUGAAGGACACAGCAUGGCCGAGACUCUCACAGUCGCUCUGCGUGUGGCUGAGGAGGCCAUAGAGGAAGCUAUCGCUAAAGCAGAGGAGUUCAGUGACAGCUUGGAGAAGCAGAAUGAAGCUCGGUACCUGCGUGAUCACAAAGACGAACUCAUAGAGGAACUUGCCACAACCAUUGUACAAAAAAUCAUACAGAGGAGGAAGCGCUCAGAGAUGCAAACAGAAUAUGACGCUGCAUGGCCACAGCCUCAGUCCCUGAUCCAGAACAGUGAACCUUCUUCCCCAUCUCUGCCACAGACGUCUUCACAGGGACCACAAGACCCUCUAAGGACGCCCUACUCGCUCUGGCGUUCGCGGUCGGCGUUCUCUCUCACCAGUGACGACUCUCCGGAUAAGGGCCCAGAGGAGGAGGGAGCCGGAGUCGAGGCCGGACUACAAGAGUAUUCAUCUCUGAAGAGGGAGGGCAAGGCCACCUCACUACCCACCUGGAAGAGCGUUGACCGACUGGACAACUCCAGUGCAUCGUCAGUGCUCCAAAGCCCGGACGGUAACUGGCUGGCACUGCACAGCUCUCAACUGUCCCGGCCCAGUCUGCUCACCAAAAGAAAGAGCCUCGUGUUCAGUGUUCUGGAGAAAGAAUCGGGCGUCGUCUCUGCUUACGACGGAAUGGGCUCCGAUUCUGAGGUGGAGGACGAGGGAGGCUGGGGUGCGGCGCUGCAACAGUUCCGGAGGAAACUCUCCGACGAAACGUACUACACGGACUCUCAGCACGACCCGGAGUGGACCUACACGCACCACCACCCCAUCACAUCCCCAUCCUCAGGGCAGUACACCAACACCGAGACCCUGAACUCUGACUCAGAGGCGUCUUCUGUGCAGCCUGCCUGUCCACGGAAACCACCGCACAACGUGAUGAAGAAGAGAGGCCCCGCGGACACCCACCUACACCCGCACCACCCGUCUGUCUACCACCAGCACGUGACGCACAACCCGUACACACUGCACCCAGAGGCCCUCGACGUCAACUUCAACCCUAAGGUGAUGGGGGACAGCAGUGAAGCAGAUGAAAGGCAGAAUGAUCCCAUUAAAAGAUCGCGACGACGGAGAAGAAGCAAAAAAGAGUCUUCCUCUGAGCUGAGAGCUGGAGUUCAAAGCCACGUACAGUCCAUCUACCCACUAGCACAGGAGAACAGUGGAUUUCUACUCGAUGCUCUGCUGAAACGUGGUUUAAGUGAGGAGCAUCCUUCGCCUGAAUUUUCACCGGUCUUUACUACUGCGCCGGACGUUUUCAGAUCAGACCCUAUCACCCCAGAGCAGGAAGACCUGGACACUGUGGCCCCAAACUCAGCCAUCCCAAGCCCCCCUCCCACAUUCAUCACAUCAGGACCCCCUCUGUCCCCCAAGAUGGCUGCCGUAGACCCAAUCGAGGAAGAGUUGAGAUUCAGGCUUAGCCAAAUGGUCAAACGUGCAAAUAGUAAAGAGAGCAAUGCAUCUGAGGAGGAGAGCUCCAAGAUUUCCUAUGAGAAAGUGAUUGAAAAAGAAAACCAAUGGGACAGAGCUGGUAGUACGAAGUUGGCAAGUGACAUUUGGGAGUUAGUCAAUGGACAAGAUGUGCAAACGAAGGAAAGCGUGUUACAAAGCAUGUCGUUUGGAGAGGAGGUGGAAGUAGACCUGCCAUUGGACAAAGGAAAGAGUUUUGAGGAUCUUAGGAUUCAAGAAAGAACAAAAGGAAGUAGGCAAAGUAAAAAGCAACAUAAACGCGACGUGGAUAAGGAGGAGGAAUACAGAGCAGCCGGUGCCAGAAGAAGCGGAUCCUCGAGUGCGAGUUCAGCUGCUGUGACGCCUUCUGCCCAGGAGGGAGCGCUGUCUGGUAGUCAAGAAGAACAGUGUGACUUGGAAACUCAACAGAGGCUUCGGUUGCUCAACUCUAUCUUACAUCAGAAGUACUCGGCCGCCUCCCUGUGCAGCAUCACCACAGAGGUGCUGAAGGUGUUGAAUGCCACAGAGGAGCUGAUCGGAGAAGCAGGAGGCGAGAGCUUCACCCCUACAGAGCCGCGGCCCCCCAUCUCCAACAGCUGCCACACUGGGCUUCUGGACCACACACUCACAAAGAUGGAGGAGAACGUGUAUCUGGCUGCAGGUGCAGUGUACAGCCUGGAGGGGGCGCUGGGUGACCUGGAGCAGUGUGCACGUGACAUUAGCUCUGGAACCUCAGACACAGCUCUGGCUUUUCUGGAGGAUCAGGUGGCAACAGCAGCCGCUCAGGUCCAACAGUCUGAGCUACAGAUCUCAAAUAUUGAAGCUAGAAUAUCAGCCCUGAAAACAGCUGGGUUGAAUGUCACUGUCUGCAAUCGCUUCUCCAAAUUCAAGCCAAAACCUAAGCCUCAAACUCUCGAUAUGUCACGUCAUCAGAGAAGAAAACUUCCUGCCCCUCCACUCAAAGAUAAAUCUGAGUCGGAGCAGGAAGUGUUCGAUCCACAGUGA